GUCACCGAUGGCAAGGGAGUAGAUAGAUAAGACAAUGGCAGCGAUUUUCAUGGCGAUCGAGAGAGAAGGCGCCGGAGCGCGGGAGCGGUAAAGGCAGGCGCCAGAUCGGCAGACGGAGCAUACGGAGAAACAGGUGGAAAAGGUCGACUGGGAACCGUGCGAGCCCAAAUGUCGACCAUGGGGAAGCGAGGGUAGGGGAGGUGACGACGUACGCUCGGAUCGUGCUCAGAGGGAGGGAGAGGUGCAUGGCCACGAGACGAUUCGGGAAGAGCAGUCCGGUGUCUCCGGAUGGGGACAUCAAUGUUCGGCUGGGUGCGGGAGCGAGGGAGAUUAUUAGCUGGAGGGGAGGGGAGGGGACGCGAGGGGAAUGGCGGGGUUGGACGGAUGGCAGGACAUCGACCGUUAUACUCCUCGUCAAAUUGGGUCGAGACUGCGAACAUUUCUCACGUGCGAAAGAUCAUGCUUAAUGUCUGUGCGGGAAGAACGAGUCUUCUUUCCGCAGACAGGAGCAAGCGGGGCAGGAGAUUGUUUGCUGCACCCUCCCUUCCACUUGUCAGGAUGUGUAGAACCUGCAUGCAACAAUUGAUACAGUAAAACGACCAAACAUCUACACGAGCGGCGCCUUCUUUCGUACAGGUCGGUCGACCGACCAGCCUCUUCCAGUCGCGACACCGCUCUUCUCAAAGAGAUCCGGUCUGCGUGAGUCAAAAAGACUCAAUUCUAAAGCCUGUCCUCGACCAGAGUACCAACAUUUGACAGUCAAGGUUACAAAGUGCACAUUUCAGGUUGUUGUGGCUAACUCUCAUGUGUGUCCUGAGUGUGUCUCAAAGGAAGUACGUCGGAACAGCGUAAUCCCGGAUUGAAAGGCCUCUGCUGGCACCCUGCAAUUGGUCGGAGUGGAGUACUCCCUCUGCGAGCAGGCUUUUCACGAUGUAAACUUUGAAAGGGCAGUUCUCUAGUGCGUACGUCGUGGUCAAUGUUCGCAUUAUAAAAUUUCGUGGUCCAAUCCAUCGAUCAGUUGGAGCCAGUCUUUGCGAUACUCUCAGAGUUGCGAACUCGACCUUUUAAAUAACUUAAGGAUUAUCAAUGCUAACGCUCGAAUAUUUGUCCUUCCGAAUGUGUACACGAGCACGGCAUUGCGAGGUGAUGGCAAGCAACUCCAUACCUUAUCCACUCAAAUCUCAAGCCCCAUCGAGGACAUCGAAAAGUUUGCCUCAAAAGCCAAACCGGAGACAUGGACACGAUCGAAAUGGCAUAAACAAGUCCAGAGCCCUCUCACAGCUGACACCAGCUUGUCAUGUCACCUCUUCACGCCAUCAUUCCAGAUACUCCUGGUCGCCCUCGGAUGUGAAGCCGUUGGUUUCUCAUGGUAAUCAAGAGCACUCGACGAUUCUAAGAAUCUGAUUCUACGCCGGAAGACGGGCAAAGCGUGACGUACAUUCUACUGUUCUGUCAAGUCCUGGCCAUGAUACGGUCCUGCCUUAUCAGUCGAGGACUGUACAGUUGGUGUGAGUACGGUACUGGCAGCCUGAAGGGUCGGGACUCGGGGUAUGACAACGGAGAGCUUUACGACUUUCUCCCAGCAUGUGAAGCAUGGACUGGAUUUGGAAACACGGUUCAUUUGAUUUAUACCCAGCGUGGCUUGUGUCUGCGUAGGCAGGCACUAGCAACCUCGCUUUCCCUCGGCUCUUCUCGUCUCUAAGUGGAACGUGGAGGGGCAUGGAAUGGACGAAGACGGAGAACAUGUACGUACCGUCGCCUACCAUGGUACUGCUUCUCUCUGCUCCCUCUGAUCUGAUGCUCUGAAUGGGACGGACGGGCAAUUGAAUGGACCACUUUCCGCGAAGAUUUUUUCAUGAGUCGCUCCUCUUUUUGUUCAUACUUUGCGAGUUCUCGAGGGCAGCAAGCGGCCACUGUUUACUUUCUGCGGGAAUCAAAGCUUUGGUCAUUGUCAUCGGUUUCAGAUUUUCGUACAGUGUAGGGACCGGAUGCCGAGAAGAAUCAAGUUCUGUAAGCUCUCCGAAGCCACUGUUUUCAUUAUGAGCAAUCACAGAUGGCAGU